UGAAACCCUUCUUUACCUUCCAGAGACCACCGGCAGCUUGGCUCCUAUCCAUAUGGCCUACCAGAGCUCAGAGAUGCCGAAACUCACGAGCUCUCCCUAAUCCGCCCCCUAACCAUUCGAUUACAAUCUUGCUCGUUUCUUCCUCCUUCCGGAAUCCACUUCUAGGCUUUCUUCUUCAUUCCCACCAGUCUUAAUCUCCCAGUUUUGGCCCAAAACCACCUUCUUCCUGAACGAACACUCCCGAAACAUUCGCGAUAGGAGCUAGCGGGGGAAGCAACGACGGUAUUUCGGCGUACAGAGACCACCGAAACUCCUAUCUUUCUCCUCUAUCCGCUCCGCUCCUAGCCGGAACCAUUGAGGAAGCUUUUGCAUUGAAAACCUGGCUGUCACCCAAGGACUUGGAUCUUUAAGUUGCAUUCCGUUCGAUUGAGUGGAAGCUAUAGUUUGGUGUUUAGAUAUGUACCGGAGCGUCGUCACGCACGGAGAAAUGCCGACUGAAAGCGUUGACGGCGGCGCGGUGGCGCUCGAUCAGGUGCCCAGUUGGAAUGACACGGAUCAGAGAUCUUCUUUCCUUCAUGGACCUGGAGAUUCUUGCUCGCCAUUGUAUUUUUCAGAUCCCCUGACUUCUUCUUCCGGAGCGAGCUCGGGUAUUGAUGGCAUGGUGUCGAGGUUUCCGGUCGACCACGAUAUUAAUGCAAGGAUAUAUCUAUGGCGAGGAAACCCUUGGAAUCUCGAGGUUGAUGCUGUUGUCAAUUCCACCAAUGAGAGUUUGGAUGAAGCACAUAGCAGUCCCGGUUUGCAUGCUGCUGCUGGGCCAGGUCUCGCAGAGGAAUGCGCUUCACUCGGAGGCUGUCGAACUGGAAUGGCAAAGAUGACUAAUGCUUAUGAUCUCCCAGCCAGGAAAAUUAUCCACACCGUUGGCCCAAAAUAUGCUGUUAAGUAUCAUACUGCUGCAGAAAAUGCAUUGAGCCAUUGCUACCGUUCUUGCUUGGAGCUUCUUAUUGAAAGCAGUCUUCAGAGCAUUGCUAUGGGAUGUAUAUAUACGGAAGCAAAAGGUUAUCCUCGAGAACCCGCCGCCCAUGUUGCAAUAAGGACUGUCAGGCGUUUCCUGGAAAAGCAAAAGGAUAAAAUAACUGCUGUUGUCUUUUGUACUUCUACUUCAUCUGAUACAGAGAUAUACAAGAGAUUGCUUCCUUUAUACUUUCCCCGAGAUAAGCAUGAAGAAGAGUUAGCUAUAUCAAAGCUUCCAGCAGAUGUUGGCGAUGAAAAUGGUGAAACUGUAAUAGAUGAGAGAAAAAUUAGAAUUAAACCCCUACCAGUGCUGUCAUCUUCUACAACAGACUCAUCUACAGCCUCAGUUGAUAUUCCUAUUAAUGAUUCCGAUUUAACUCUAAGACGUAGGGGUUCAUUUCAUGUGGAUGCAUAUCUAGAUCCUGCAUUCAUGUCAUUGAUGAAGGACCCUGACCAGCGUCGCAAAGAGCAGUGGGAAAAAGCUGCCCAGGCUCAAAAUGGCUUUGAUUUUGCUAAGCUGCUUGGUUUUGGAGAUUUAGGUGGUCCUCCUUUGAGUGCUGCUGAGGAAUAUUCACUUCACUCCAGAUAUCUUGCAAAAGCGAAUUCUUUGAACCUUUCAGAAAUUGCUGAAAUGAAAAUUGUUUAUCGGGGUGGAGUAGACAGCGAGGGGCGACCAGUAAUUGUUGUUGUAGGUGCUCACUUUUUACUUCGAUGCCUUGAGUUGGAGCGUUUUGUCCUUUAUGUAGUAAAGGAGUUUGAACCUUUGAUUCAGAAGCCAUACACAAUUGUGUAUUUUCAUUCUGCAGCAUCUCUGCAAAUGCGGCCUGAUCUUGGUUGGAUGAAGAAGCUACAGCAGGUGCUCGGUCGGAAACACCGGCGAAAUCUUCAUGCUAUCUAUGUGCUUCAUCCAACCCUUGGACUGAAGGCGACUAUUUUUACUUUGCAGCUAUUUGUGGAUGGAGAGACGUGGCAAAAGGUCGUGUACAUUGAUCGGCUGCUGCAGCUCUUCAAAUAUGUUCCUCGCGAGCAGUUGACCAUCCCGGAUUU